UCUACUUCGCAGCGCCCGGGCGGGCGGCGGCCCCGCGGGCCACAGCGGACAAGCGGGCCCGAUCCUCCCCGCGCUCCUCCGUCCUCCCCCGUCCUCCCAGCCCCGGUGGAGCACCGCGGCCGCCCAGACCCGCAGCAUGCUGUCCGGCCUGAGCGACUGGCUGUGGCAGGAGUCCGUCUGGCUCCCGCCCAACAGCUCAUGGGAGCACCUGGAGGACCGCGACGGCCUGGAGUUCGCCCACCCGCGCCACAUGCUGGCCGCGCUGCCCGUGGCCCUCGGCCUGCUGGGCCUGCGGCUCGCCUUCGAGAGGUUCCUGGCGCUGCCCCUGGGCCGCCGCAUGGGCCUUCGGGACCCCGUGAGGAGACGCGUCCGCCCGGACCCCGCGCUGGAGCGGCACUUCCUGUCCGUGGGGAGGAGGCCCGAGGAGGCGCAGCUGGUGCUCCUGGCGGCGCGGUCCGGGCUGAGCCCGCGGCAGACGCAGCGCUGGUUCCGCCGACGCCGCAACCUGGAGCGGACGCCGCCGUCCCGGAAGUUCUGCGAGGCCUGCUGGAGGUUCGUGUUCUACCUGACCUCGUUCCUGACGGGACUCUCCGUGCUCUACCACGAGCCGUGGUUCUGGACCCCGUCGCUCUGCUGGGAGAAUUACCCGCGGCAGCCCCUGAACCUCGGCCUGUACCGCUGGUUCCUGCUGGAGCUCGGAUUCUACCUGUCGCUCAUCCUCACGCUGCCCUUCGACACCAGGCGCAAGGACUUCCGGGAACAGGUCGUCCACCACUUCGUGGCCGUGGGCCUCAUCGGCUUCUCCUACAGCGCCAACCUGCUGCGCAUCGGCUCCGUGGUGCUCAUGCUGCACGACUGCUCGGACUACCUGCUGGAGGCCUGUAAGGUCCUCAACUACACCCACUACCGGAAAACCUGCAACGCGCUCUUCCUGGUCUUCGCCGGCCUCUUCUUCUACACCCGCCUGGUCCUCUUCCCCACGCGCGUGCUGCACACGACGCUGACGGACUCGGUGCGGGACUCGGGCCCGUUCUUCGGCUACUACUUCUUCAACGCGCUGCUGCUGGCGCUGCAGCUGCUGCACGGAUACUGGUUCCUGCUCAUCCUGCGCAUGCUCGGCUCCUUCCUGCGGGGGCAGCCGAUGUCGAAGGACAUCCGGAGCGAUGUGGACUCAGAAUCGAGCGAGGACGAGGCCACGGCCACGGCCACAGCGACCCCCGACCCCCUCGGGCCCCGCCGCCGGGCGGCCACACGCCUGACCAACGGGGACACCCGGGCCGCGGCCUCGUAGAGCGAGCGCCGGGGCGGGGGUGGGGAGGACCACAGAGCGAGUCCUCCCUCCCCCGUGGCCGGGGCCCCACGGCAGUGACCGCGGACGGGAGCCGGGGGACGUGGCCCCGGGACACAGGGAGGACCCUCCCCCCCACCCAGGGCAGGAGGAGGACUGGGGAUCUGUGUCCCGCUCGCUCGUUCUCUUGGGGAGCACAGAGAGCGCGGCGGAGGCCACGGCGAUGGAGGAGGAGGACGCCGGGUCCCGGCCGGGAGGGCGUCCACCGAUGAAUGUCCACGUCCCUCGCUCCCUCUCUCUCUCUCUCUCCCUCUCUUGCUCUCGCUCUGAGCGAGCUGGACGGGUCCGCCGGGAGCACGGCGGAGGCGAGGAUGAUGCCGUGGGGGGCAGGAUCCGCCUUCGGCCAUGGCCUGUGCCGAGGCCAAUAAAGCGUCGGUGAUAAAACGG